AUGGCCGGCGCCGGUUCCCUUCAACGAUCAACGGAUGGCUCAGCUCCACGCACUGAUGUUCAAGUCGCAAAGGACGCAUGGAAAUUUGUCCAGCGAAAAGUUCAGAAACAUCGCAGCCCACCCUCAAUCCCCGAAGAAGACUUACACAAAACACUUUCACAAGAGUCGACCAUGAGCAAAGCAAACACUCUCGUUGUUGCUUCGGACGAUCAGCCAGCCAAGAAGACUGAAAAUUGA